UGAAUGUAAAGUGUUCUGUUUAAUCUAUCUCUGCUAACAAUAUCUGAAGCAGAUUCCCUGUUGAGACCUGAUCUAUUGGCCUGUAUCCUAUGCCUACCGCAUAUUACCCCUCAUCCAACAAAUAGACCGAACCGCGAGGUUCCAUCCCAGGUCAAAUUCAUUCGGCCGGCUCAGAUGAGUCUCUUCGCCCGAGUAUCCUCUUAUCCGCCGUUGGAACAGGUGACGGUUGUUCGCAGGCAGAGGGCUUGCAAGUCAGACGACGACGAUAAGCUGCGCUUUACAGUCGUACUGGAAUCAAGUAGCACAUUCCCCCAGCAAGAAUGGGAGGUUCAGAUCUGGCACAAUCUGACCACCAGCUCGAGUACGGAGUGGACUGCUCUGCCGUUGAAACCACGCGAUGCAGCCCUGGUUCCAUUACUGAGUACUUCUGACCCAGAGUACAAAUACUGGAGACAUGUGUUCGCCGAAGAGAUCACCCUGCCUCGUUCUGCAGGCAGUGCGCAGUUCACAGUAAGGUAUCGAACGGGUUCAGACGAGAAGUGGCAGUGGGCGAACCAGCAGCGAGCCGUCAAAGAUGGUGAGCUGGUGUUCGGGCCUCGGCAACCCCAUUUUGAAGAGGCAGUCCUCUCGUCAUCGUCGUCUAGACAGGACCUGGCGAAAUAUAUCGACGAGCUUUCGUACGAUGUGGAAAUCGAGUCCCGCAAGAGCGAAGCGCCGGGGUCUCUUCUCUGGGAAUUAUCUGGAGCAGUGGAUGGGGCGAAAGAAGACGAAUCCAGUAUCAAAAAGAUCUCCCUAGGGGUACCGUCGUCGGUGCAUAGGUAUUUCGCCUUGGUACGGCUGUGGACGCCCUGGUUGGCGCCGAGACAUGGAAAAAAGAAAUUCAAACUGUCGGAAGAUGCGAUUCUGUGCUCGUUCCUCCGCACAGACGGUGUCCAUGUGGUUCUUUUGGCGGUUUCAGGCACCGAUGAUGUUUUGACGCUGUUCCAGUCGGGCGAAAGGGGGGACAUCGUCGUCCAUGCAAAGAAUGACGGUACAGAAGGAUCCCGGUUCCAGGUUCUGGUCUCUGUUGCAGAGGACUUUGAAGUCGCACUGGGGGCGGUUAUCUAUGAGGCCCGAAAACUGGUCAGACCAUAUGACACGGAGGAAGAAACUCCCUUGCAGAUUCAAGUCGAAGAAGAACCCACUAUCCCAGACUCGCCGACGAGCGAUGAUGUUGUAAUAGUGGAGAAAGAAGAUCCCAGGGCACAAUGGAUGACGGAAUGGUUCGAUGGACUGACCUACUGUACGUGGAAUGCUCUGGGCCAGCAGCUGACGGAAGAGAAGAUCCUGAACGCGUUGGAGGUAUUGAACUCCCACGGGAUCAAGAUCGUUAACCUGAUCAUUGACGACAAUUGGCAAUCUCUGGAUCGCGACGUAGAUGACUCACAGUUCAAACGUGGCUGGAUGCGGUUUGAAGCAAACGCUGACGCCUUUCCCCGAGGCCUGAAGCAGCUUGUGCAGUCGAUCCGUCAAGUCCAGCCGAGCAUUGAGCACGUCGCCGUCUGGCAUGCCCUCAUGGGAUACUGGGGCGGGAUUUCCCCGGAUGGAGAGCUGGCCACCAAUUAUAAAACCAAACAGGUCCGAGUGAAAGAUCCGGUGGCCGGAGGCGAGAUACUGGCCAUUGAUCCUGACGAUGUGUCGCGGUUCUACGACGACUUCUACAGCUACCUUUCGUCUGUCGGGAUCGAUUCAGUCAAGACAGACGCGCAGUUCUUCCUUGAUCUGCUGGAAGACCCAGAAGACCGCAGGAGGUUCACCAAGGCCUAUCAGGAUGCUUGGACCGUCGCCACCCUGACACACUUCAGCACACGGUCGAUCUCCUGCAUGUCGCUGUUCCCACAGGCCAUCUUCCACUCCCAGCUGCCGAUGAACAGACCCAGCAUCCUGCUCCGGAACUCUGACGAUUUCUUCCCCAACAUCCCGGCUUCACACCCCUGGCACGUGUUCUGCAAUGCACACAACGCCCUUCUGACCCGGCAUCUUAACGUAGUGCCGGACUGGGACAUGUUCCAGACCAGCCAUGCGUACGCCGCGUUCCACGCCGCGGCGCGGUGUGUCUCGGGCGGGCCAAUCUACAUCACAGACGAGCCUGGCAACCACGAUCUGGACGUCAUCCACCAGAUGACCGCACAGACAGUGCACGGUAAGGCGGUGACCCUUCGACCCAGCAUCGCCGGGAGAACGCUCGACGUGUACCACGGCUACAACGAAGGGAACCUGCUCCGGAUCGGCACCUAUACAGGCUGGGCCCGGACGGGGAGCGGGAUCAUGGGGCUGUUCAAUAUCAACUCGGCCGAGACAGGGUGCAUGAUCCCCCUGAUCGAUUUCCCGGGUAUCCACGAGAGAACAACGUCGACGGACCAACGCCAGUCGUAUAUCGUCCGGGCACAUACCAGCGGCCGCAUCACGCACCGAAUGCAACCGCUUGCACCGGACUCGCUAAUCGCCGUCUCGCUGGGUACCGGCGCGUGGGAGAUCUUGACGGCGUAUCCAACCCGCUCGUUCACACUCAAGGGCAGUCGAGGCUGCGGGGACGGCUCCAACACAACAGAAACGGAAACAGAAACAGAAACAAGCAAAGGUAGCUCAACACUAACCCACGUCGCGAUCCUAGGUCUACUCGACAAGAUGACCGGCGCAGCUGCUCUGGUGAGCUCCGACAUCUUUCUGGUCGAGAACGGGCGGCUCCGCUUCGACAUCAGCCUCAAGGCAAUGGGGAGACUGGGCAUCUACUUUUCCGAUCUGCAGGACCGCAGCAUCGCCAAACAGUUCAUGGUCAUGAUCUCUGGCCAGCCCGUCCCGCGCAAGACGGUCAGCAAGGACGGACAGGUGCUUGCCGUCGAUGUCCUGGGGGCGUGGAACGCGCUGGGACUCGAUCCUGGGUGGAGCAAUGAAGUGUUUGUCCAAGUUUUUGUCGGAUAGAAGUAGUACAUCUAUUAUAUACUGCAAUUAGAUGGUUGAUUGACUACAAUAAUAGAUUGUCGUACUAUUGAUAAGAUAGCG